ACAAAGAAAAAUAAAAGUGGGGGGAGAAAGAACUUGGUAGAAGUAAAAGAAGGAGAAGAAGUUCAUGAGGUAGCACAAGAGAAAUGAGAAGAAGCAGCAGCUUGAUUGAUCUGCAACGACAGACCCAACCAGCGUCAUCAUCACUAUCCCGAUCGGUGAACAGACCCAACCAUCAUCAUUAUCAUCACUCACCCUGAUCGGCGAACAGACCCAUUCAAGCCGAAACCCACUCAAUCCGAACACCCAGCCACCAUCAUCACCCACCCCGAUCGGCGAACAGACCCAUUCAAGUUGUCGAGACCGUCGCCUCGUCACUUCAGGGCCAUAGAGAGGUGGGUUCUGACGAAGCCAGCGGCGCCGGUGAUGAGGACGGUGAGGCCGGAGUCGGAGCGACGGUGUGCCGAGCGAGUGACGUGGCGCUCCCAGUCGGAGCCGCCAUAAGAGCCGAGAGAUCGGCGAGGGUUGGAGCCAGAAGGAGAAGGAGAAGAGAUAAGGAAAAAGAAGCAGAGACCAGAGAGAGAAAAAAAGACAAAAACGGAGAGCAACUAGAGACAAGAGAGAGAAAAAAAAUUAAUAAAAUAAUAAAUAUAAGUGUUACCGUAAUCUUACGUGUGUGUAUAUGAUAAUGAUGUAUUUACUCACAUUUUUACAUGUGAAGGAUUUUUUACAUUUUUGCAAAACUUUUCAUCCACUUAUGUGUGGAUACUCUUAUAGUCAAUUUAUAGUCGUCUCCUGACUGGAAAAAUGGGAUUGGUUGUAGUACGUGAAAAGUGAUUUAAGGCAUGUUACACGUUUAAAGUCUUUACUCGUUGACUGACUGCAUAGAUUGACUAGAUGGUGCUCCAAUGAUUUAUACAGUGCAGUCCCAUAAUAAUUAGCUAAUAUCAUACUUGUUAGCUCUUACUCUUACAGUCUUCACUUAUCUCUCGGCUUUUACAUUCUGGGUUUUCAAUUUCAUUGAAAAGAAUUCCAGAUUUGAACUCGUACUUCUUAAAAGGAAAAUAAAGUGCGUCCAAAUCACAGGUCUGUCUCUUCAUGUUGGACAUCUAAUUUGGUGAAGGAAAUGGAUUCCAAGCGACUUAAAUUUUCCAGGUUUAAGGAUCAGAGUUCAGAACCAUCUUGGAGUUCUGGGCGGAAUUAUGACUUUGAACAUGGACUAUGUCUAAGAAACUUUAGAGCAACAGUUGGCAGAGUUUUGGAGAGACUUGGGGAAGGAUUUGAGAGGGUUUCCGAGAGGAUUAAAAGCUUCAAAAAACUGAAAAGCAUUCCUCAUGUAGGUGAUCAGCCAAAAAAAGAGGCAGGUCCUCCUCCUAAGACAAUUAUUGAUCCUCAGGGUCAAUUUCUUCAAACUUGGAACAAAGUAUUUGUGCUCUUAUGUGUGAUAUCUGUGGCCUUGGACCCUUUGUUCUUUUACAUCCCAAUGAUCCGUGAGUACGAUAUGGGCAAGAACGGCGAAUACAAAUGCCUUGGUGCAGACAAAAGACUAGCUAUAAUUGCUUGUGUUCUUCGAUCACUCUUUGAUGCCUUUUAUGUAAUUCAUAUAAUCUUUCAGUUCCGUACUGGAUUUAUUGCCCCUUCUUCUCAAGUCUUUGGAAGGGGUGAGACGAUUACUGAUCCGGUGGCUAUAGCAAAAAGAUACUUAUCCACAUACUUCCUCAUUGACAUUCUGUCAAUUCUUCCAUUGCCACAGGUGGUAUCUCUUGUUUUCAUUGCCAAAAGCAAAAGCCGAAUUGUGAAGCGAAGGUUGAAGUUCGUAAUAUUCUCACAAUAUGUGCCUAGAAUUACUCGGCUCUAUCCACUAUACAUGGAAGUAAAAAGAACCUCAGGGAUACUGACUCAGACAGCAUGGGCUGGAGCUGCUUAUAAUCUUUUUCUCUAUAUGCUAGCCAGUCACGUUGUUGGAGCUUUUUGGUACUUGUUUGCCAUUGAACGAGUGGGUGCAUGCUGGCAUACGUACUGUAAUAAUACUGCCGCUUGUGAAGACUAUCUUUACUGUGAUGAUAGUGAAAAUCUAACGGACUUCAACUUUACAAGUCUAUAUCAGAAUUGCAGUUAUAAAAAACCUGAGGAUAUUGAAAAUCUAACGGACUUCAACUUUGGAAUGUUUACUGAUGCUCUCAAGUCCGGAAUGGUACUAAAGGCAACAAGAUUUAGAGUGAAAUUGUCUUACUGCUUUUGGUGGGGUUUUCGUAAUCUUAGCUCUGCUGGCCAAAACCUUCAAACAAGCACGUUUAUUGGGGAGAUAGUAUUUGCCGUCGGAAUAUCCACCUUUGGGUUGGUUUUAUUUUCGUUACUUAUUGGCAAUAUGCAGAGAUAUCUGCAGUCCACAACAAUGAGAGUAGAAGAAAUGAGAGUGAAAAGGACUGAUGCGGAACAGUGGAUGUCCCACCGCAUGCUCCCUGAGGAUUUAAGGGCACGAGUUAGACGAUACCAACAGUAUAAAUGGCAACUAACUAGAGGUGUGGAAGAAGAGAAUUUACUUCAAAGCCUUCCUAAAGACCUCAAAAGGGACAUAACACGCCAUCUUUGCUUAAAUCUUCUCAAGAGUGUGCCGAUGUUUGAAAAAAUGGAUAGUCAACUGUUUGAUGCACUUUGUGAUCGUCUCAAACCAGUGCUUCACACAGAGAAGAGCUGCAUUAUUCUUGAGGGGGAUCCAGUGGAUGAGAUGCUCUUUAUCAUGCGAGGAACCCUGACCACUAUGACUGGAAAAACAGGUAAUGCUGGUGAUCUGAAGGCCGGUGACUUCUGUGGAGAAGAGCUUUUUGCGUGGGCUUUGAAUCCCCGCUCCUCUACCAGUCUUCCCAUUUCAACAAGAACACUAAUAGCUCAAACAGAGGUUGAAGCCUUUGCUCUAAGGGCUGCUGAUUUGAAGACUGUGGCCUCUCAGUUUCGGCGUCUUCAUAGCAAGCAGUUCCAGCAUAUUUUCAGGUUCUACUCCUUACAAUGGAAGACAUGGGCAUCCCGUCGCAUCCAAGCAGUUUGGCGCAGGUACUAUGAGAGAAAGCUUUAUAAGUCUUUGCAUGAAGCAGAAGACAGAUUGCCAGAUGCUGUGAUAGACGAAGCAGGGACCUCAAAGGUUGAACACAAUGAUGAAUGCAAAGCACCAAAAAGGUUGCUACUACUGCCACAGAAGCCUGAUGAACCUAAUUACAAUGGUGAUGAUUAAUAGAGUGGUGUUCCAAGUGAUUAUUAUGUAAUUUUUCUUUUUAACAAACAAGGUUCACACGCAAGAGGUUUCUGUGUAUAGCAUGUGUAACAUGUGCUAAGCAAACUUCAGACUUCAUAAUUUAGAACUACUGUUUCACUGUGUGUCAUUGAGAAGCUUCAAACACAUACAUGAGGAAUGUCUAGUGAUAUGAUUUUCUCAAUUAA